UGCGUGGAACGCCCGUCGGGUGCUGAGCCGAGGCAGGCGCGCGUCCCCUGCACGGAGCGGGCAGCGGCCACGUAGCUGCGCGGCGCCGGGAGCGCGCACGGAGGGGGGCGCUCGGUCUAGUGACGUGAGCGGCGGAGGAGGAGGAGGCCGAGGACAGGAAGGAAGCUUACCGGGAGAUAUGGACCGAGACACCCCGGGAGGGAGGGCAAGGAUCUCCUUUGACUACAAGUUAUAGAUUUGGUCUUGGCCCCCGGAAGCCCUAAAUGAAAUCACUCUAGGAGAAGUGUCUUCUCAACGCCUUUCCAUAAGCGUUCCAUUCAUUUUGUGAACAUUCAAUAAUGUUGCGUCCCUCAAACCUUCAGCCUGACCCAAUGGCUCAGGCCGCCAACUCCUGCCAAAAAAUGCUAGAUAUGCGCCCUCCCGAUGUUUCCGGUAUGGGUCUCGAGGACCCCUUGCGAGUUGCUGUUCCACCUCCAUUUUACCAUAGUGCAAACCAAGAACUUGAUCUGUCAAAUAAGCAGUUUAAAAGAGAGACAGGUGGACCUUUUUCAGUUAUGAUGGACACUAAAGUAGGCAAACCUCACCUUCUGGAACCAGAACAUCAGACGUUUUUUAGGGACAGUAAGCCAGCCAUUGAGGUGCCGCCUGUUAAGGGUGAGCGGCCAAAUUCUGGGGAAUCUGAGGACGAGGAUGAUGAGGACGAGGAAGACGACGAGGAUGAUGGGAAUUACAAGAGAGAACAGAUUAUUGUGGAAGUGAACCUUAACAACCAAACCUUAAAUGUUUCCAAAGGAGACAAAGGAGUGGGCAAGGAUCCUUCUCACAUGAAGACCAGCAGCGAUGAGGAGGGAGGUGACUCUGGAGAUGACGACCCGGACAGCCAAGAGGAUGAAGAAAAUGAAUCUCACGCAGCGGGUAACCAGUCCGGUAUGGAGCAUGUGAACCAGGACCAAAAAACUGAGAACUCUGACAUGAUAGCCUGCGAUGGCACGUCACUUGCCAACCCUCAGAACGAACAGGUGAAAAGCGGAGAGGCACCUAAGCGUAAGAAGAAGACUCCCAAAGAACCUAAAUCCCCUGACAAGGGUAAAGGUGAGGAGAAGGAGACCCUCACAUGUGACAAAUGUCCUCGGGUUUUCAAUACGCGGUGGUAUCUGGAAAAGCACAUGAACGUUACACAUAGAAGGAUGCAGAUUUGUGACAAGUGCGGCAAGAAGUUUGUCUUGGAAAGCGAGUUGUCCCUCCAUCUUCAGACAGAUUGUGAGAAAAACAUUCAGUGUAUCACAUGCAACAAGACGUUUAAGAAACUUUGGUCCCUCCACGAGCAUAUAAAGAUCGUCCAUGGCUACGCUGAAAAGAAGUUUUCUUGCGAGAUCUGCGAGAAAAAAUUUUACACGAUGGCCCAUGUCCGAAAACAUCUGGUCGCUCACACGAAGGACAUGCCUUUUACUUGCGAGACGUGCGGGAAGUCAUUUAAGAGGAGUAUGUCUUUGAAGGUGCACUCUCUGCAACACUCGGGGGAGAAGCCAUUCAGAUGCGAGAACUGUGACGAGCGUUUCCAGUACAAGUAUCAACUACGUUCACAUAUGAGCAUCCACAUCGGUCACAAGCAGUUCAUGUGUCAGUGGUGCGGAAAGGACUUCAACAUGAAGCAGUACUUUGACGAACACAUGAAAACACACACUGGAGAGAAACCUUUUAUCUGUGAAAUCUGUGGCAAGAGCUUCACCAGCCGCCCAAACAUGAAACGUCACCGUAGGACCCAUACAGGAGAAAAGCCUUACCCCUGUGACGUGUGCGGCAUGCGUUUUCGCUUCUCCAACAUGCUGAAGGCUCACAAGGAGAAGUGCUUCCGGGUCACCAGUCCAGUGGGUGUUCCACCAGCCUUGCAGAUCGCUCUCAACAACCCUUCGCAAGGCAUCACCAACCUCACAACAGCCCAUAUGCCGCCAAACAGUCCCACGCCGCCUCUAAACCUCAACGCCCUAAGUUCCUUGCCUCCUCGGCCCAUCCCACAUCCAUUUUCCCACUUGCAUCUGCAUCCGCACUCCCACCCACACCACCUGGCAGUACCGCCAGUCCCACACUUGCCUCCACCGCCAGCUCUGUUCAAGAGCGAGGCGAUGAACCACCGCGGACAGCCCGACGACAGUUUCCUACGGCACCUGGCAGAGAAGACCAGCGCAGGACAACACCAUUAAUGCCAGUGGCAGGCUUCAAGUAGCAGUGCCAACCUUAUGAGAUUGGUGCCCCAAGCGCGGGUCUGACGGCAAAAAUCGUACUGGCCAGGCUACAACUACAUGACAUGCUCUCGUUACAUGCAGAGCGUAUUAAGGGGGUCAUGAAAACGGAGCGCAUUCAGACAAUGUUUCGGGAAAGGACUGUAGCGUAGAGCCGCGUCGCCCCAGUGGGGUUGGCUGACUCACGAUCACGAUGCAUUAUUAUAA